AUCACUAUAUAUAAUCCGACAUAGCCACCCAACCAAGCAUCAACAAUCCCUUCGAACAUCCGGGCACUUCACCCACGAAACACAGCCGAGAAAAUCUUCCUUUCCUUCAAGCAAACCAUCGCUGAAACACCAGCUUUCGAGCGCAACCAAAAACCGAAUAUCACCCACAAACCAGAAUCAAGAUGGUGUUCAACAGGAAGGAUCAAGAGUCGCAGCAACUGACGGACGAGGAGAGGCGCAAGAAGAAGAUGAAGUGGACGAUCGGCAUCACUGCCUUCGUCAUCUUCCAGGUAGUCCAGGCCCUCUUCUUUGUCCUUGUCAUCAUGAAGUUCAAGUCCCCCAAGUUCAGGGUCGGCGAGUUCGACGUCCAGUCCCUGAACGUCGGGAGUCAGGCCUCACCCUCGUUCGACAUGACCUUUGUCGCCCCGAUCCGGAUCAAGAACACAAACUGGGGCCCCUUCAAGUACGACGCCACCACCGUUAACUUCCUCUAUGGAGGCGUCCAGCUGGGACAGGUGGAUAUUCCGAAGAGCAAGGCCAACUUCAAGUCCACCAAGAAGAUCGACGCCAGCGUGAUCUUGAACUCCGCGAACUUGCCGAGCGAUUCGACUCUCGCGAGCGAGUUGAACUCGGGGGUCAUAACGUUGAACAGCCAAGGCGAGCUCAAAGGGAAGGUGACGGUCAUGUUCAUGUUCAAGAAGAACAAGACCUCGCAAAUGAACUGCACCAUGGCCAUUGAUGUGUCCGCAAAGGCACUCAAGUCCUUGGAAUGCAUAUGAGAGUUGAGAGGGUGAUCUCUGUAUUAGAUUUUUCGUGCGGUUGCUUAUUUGUUUACCUGAAUUUUUUUUGAACUUUGUGUCCUAUUAUUAUUCAUUGGGUUCCAGUUGUGUGUAUACUUAAAAAUUUAUACAUUUUCUAUACGUGUUA